CCAGGCAAAGGGGAGCCCAAAGCCGAACCUCCAGAAGGGCGGCGAGGGGAGGGGACCGGGAUCCUCCUCCUCCUCCUCCUCCUCCUCUUGCUGGAGCAUCCAUCCUCUUCUUCCCGGGGAGACACAAUGGCCAGCCGGAGCCGGGCGGCAGCAGCAUCAGCACCCACUUCCGAGGCUCCUCCGGCGCAGGUCAGCCGGACUUCAGUUCAGAAGAAUCAUUAAAAAUGCAAACAAUCAGAAAGGGCUUAACCAUCAAGAUUUGUGACUGAAAAGGAAUUGUGAGACCUUCAUAGCUGAAAGCUUUUGUCAUUCAAUACGUCAGUGAAAUAGAAAACAGGACAGAAAACACUUGCCCAAGAUGAAUUUCAGCACAUCCACUGUGAACACUUUGUACCAUGGCAGUACUGCCACUCCUGAACCAGACCGAGGAACAACUGUAGAUGCAACUGGCUCAGAAACGGCUACCAUAACACCUGAAACCAGCAGCUUUAAUAGCACCAAAAUCCCCGAUGUUGCCAGCAAUAGUCCUGGCAUGGGGACCAUGCUGCUCUCUUUUGGCAUAAUCACUGUGAUUGGUCUGGCUGUUGCAAUGGUUUUGUAUAUCAGGAAGAGGAAACGAUUGGAAAAACUACGACACCAGCUGAUGCCCAUGUACAACUUUGAUCCUGCUGAAGAACAGGAUGAGCUGGAGCAAGAGUUGCUGGAACAUGGCAAAGAUGCUGCUUCUGUGCAGGCCUCUCAGAACAAGCCCAGCCAGCAUGGACAAGAAGAGCCGACAAACCCAGGAGUGCUCCAGAGACCUAGUCGCCUUGUGUUCACAGAUGUUGCAAACGCCAUCAACGCAUGAACAUUUCUUUCUCAACCUGAGACAUGAGAGGAGGAUACCAACCAAAUAGCAACUUCACAUGGAUAGUGACCUUCGAUUCUAGCUGGGAGAAAUAGCUGAGAACCAAUAUAUUUCAGGACCGUGAAGACUGUUGGUACUUCUGUUGCCAUCCAAGUGCCCCACAUGUCUGUGCUCUACGUUUUAUUGGUAACGGUGAUACCAAACAGUGUGCAAUAGAAGAUGUAAGGGUAAUUGUAGAUAAAAUGGUCAGAAUAUAUAUAUAUAUAUUGUGGCGGACGUGGGUUGGAAGCUAGAGCAUCACUUUCUAAGGCUUUUCUCCCUUGGGUUGUUGUGAGAGAACCCUAACUCCAGAGUUCUGCAGGCAGACCUAAGCCAAUCUAUGCAGUAUAUUUUUGGCUUCUACUGCCAAUUAUUUGGGUGUAACGUCUUGGAGCUGGAAGCCUGAACAAUCGUUUGCCAUGUUAUGGCAAACAUAAAAUAUCAUCCUAGAACAUCUGCUGGGUCACCUAGUUGUUCCAUUUCAUGUUCUUCAUGUACAUAGAAGCUGAACAUGAUCCUUCUCAUUGAUUCUGCCAACACAGGUGUUCUGCUAGUUACUCUUAGAGUAGUGAUAAUUGUGGGAGAUGGUGCUGUUGAUGGUGAUCAGUAUGGCUUGUAUGUGUGUUGGAAGUGAUUUAUUCAUCCAAACCAUCACCUCCUCUGAGCAUUCAUUGAUACUGCAAGCAGGAGAGUCUUACAGUAGGAGCAGAAAUACUAGCAUAGAUUUCAAGGCCAAUAAUCAGAUUCUUCUUCAGCCAAAGACAGGGAGUCUCGGUUGAAGGGCCAUCAUUUUGGAAGAAUACUGUGUACACAUGCAUGCUCUCAUAUACAUGUAACAAUCAGAAACUGGUUCUUUAUAUGGAACAGGUUAAAAAUCUGACCUUGACUUGUUGACUAUUAGUCAUCCACAUUCAAAACAUUUUAUUUUUAUUUAUUUGUUUUGUUUUGACCAUUUUAAAGUAGAUAAGAACAAGCCAAGCCAAGUAAAACAAAACAAAAAGUCAGGGUAAUGUUAUAUUUCUAAGUUGAUAAGGGUACAUGGGUGGGUUGUCUAAUUUUCCAGGCUUUAAAAAAAAUCCAAUAUUUGGUUACUAUUUAAAGCCAGAUGUAUUUAAAGAAAGUUUUCAUUGUGAACUAGGUUCCAUCACUUUAAAAUUGCACAUUUAAUGUUGCUUUCCAA